AUGAAAUGGGGUCUCAUUCAUGUGCAGCAUGUGGUGCACAAUGGUAUGCUCAAAUACCACACAAUGCACAAUGUAGUGCACAUUGAUGAAAAAUGGUUUUUCAUCACUAAGACUACGGAUAGAUACUACCUGCUGCCAGAUGAGGAAGAACCAUAUAGGUCAUGUAAGUCAAAGCGGUUUAUCACAAAGGUGAUGUUUAUGUGUGUUGUGUGCAGACCAUACUUUGGAGAAGAUGGAGAUGUCAUAUUUGAUGGAAAAAUAAGCAUCUUUUCAUUCACAACAAAAGAACAAGCACAGAGAAAAUCCAAGAACAGAGCAAAAGGCACCUUGGAGACAAAGCCAAUUCCAUCAGUGAACAAUGCAGUCAUGAGAUAUUGCCUUAUUCAAAAGAUCAUACCAACAAUCAAGGCUAAAUGGCCAGAUAACAUAAGAAAGGAGAUAUUCAUACAACAAGAUAAUGCAAGACCCCACAUAAAGCAUGAUGAUGCAGAAUUUCAGUCAGUUGCAAACACAGAUGGGUUCAAAUUCCAUAUCAUUUGCCAACCAGCGAAUUCCCCAGAUUGUAAUGUGUUGGAUUUAGGUUUUUUCAGAGCAAUCCAGUCUAUACAAGAUGACAAACUGGCUAGGGGAGUGGAUGACUUGUUGAGUAAUGUGCAAAGCUCUUUUGAAGAACUUAGUGCACAAACACUCAACAAAGUUUUUCUGACUCUUCAAGCUUGCUUAAUAGAUAUUUUGAAAGUGGAAGGGGGAAAUGGCUACAAAACUCCACACAUAAACAAAGACAGGUUGUCAAGGCUGGGGAUAAUUCCACACACAUUGGAGGUUGAAGACCAUGAUGUCAAGGCUGCAGUGGCAUACCUCAAACAGACAGAAAAUGAUGCCGUCACAUCAUAUGACAUCUCAGCUAUCUGUAGAGCUGUAGGCUUCUAA